AACACAAAGACAGAGAGGUCAAGAGGAGGAGAAAACACGUGGGUCGGCUUGUGCCCGGAGACCUGUCCUUCUUCCUGCUAAUGUGAACUUGUUUUUGUGCUGUUUGAUGUGUCUGCAUGCAGCUAGCUCACCUCUCUGACCGGACAACACCGAUACACUCUACAUACACAUCUCUACACCUGACCUCCCAAAGCAACGGGGUUUUCUGUUGCUGACUCUGACAGCUGCUUGUUUGUGGAAAUUUACAUCAUGGUGAGCAAAACGGAUGAGAUACCAGCAGCAUCAGUGGCGACCUGCACCACGGUGGAGCUCUCUCAGGAGGGAGAGGCACCGAGCAGCAAAGACACCAAGAAGAAACAGCUGAAGGAGUGCUGUCCAUGCGCGCACGGUGCAGCUACAGCAGUGAUGAAUGGUGACGGAGGACACGAGGAGACAGAGUCCAAGCAGGAUGGCAGCACUGAUCCUGAUGCGGGUGAUGACUCCAACGAGCAGGAGGUGAUCGUGAUUCAGGACACUGGCUUCACUGUGAAGAUUCAGGCACCAGGAAUCGAGCCAUUUGACCUGCAGGUGUCUCCACAGGAAAUGGUGCAGGAGAUCCACCAAGUGCUUAUGGACCGUGAAGACACUUGCCAUCGCACUUGUUUUUCUCUGCAGCUCGACGGCAAUGUGCUGGACAACUUUGCCGAGUUAAAGUCCAUUGAGGGACUUCAAGAGGGAUCCCUGCUCAAAGUGGUAGAAGAGCCUUAUACAGUGCGCGAGGCUCGCAUUCACGUUCGUCAUAUAAGAGAUCUGUUGAAGAGCCUGGAUCCCUCGGAUGCUUACAAUGGAGUAGACUGCAACUCUCUGUCCUUCCUCAGUGUCUUCACAGAUGGAGAUCUUGGAGAUAGUGGCAAACGUAAAAAGAAGGGCAGUGAGCUUGAACAGAUCGACUGUACUCCUCCUGAACACAUUCUGCCUGGCAGCAAAGAGCGCCCCCUAGUCCCCCUCCAGCCACAGAACAAAGACUGGAAGCCACUUCAGUGCCUCAAGGUCCUCACAAUGAGUGGCUGGAACCCUCCGCCCGGCAACAGGAAAAUGCACGGAGACCUUAUGUACCUGUACGUUGUGACAGUAGAAGAGCGGCACGUCAGCAUCACUGCCUCCACACGCGGAUUCUACCUCAACCAGUCAACCACCUACAAUUUCAACCCUAAGCCUGCCAACCCCAGCUUUCUGAGCCACUCUCUGGUGGAACUGCUGAGUCAGAUCAGCCCAGCCUUUAAGAAGAACUUCACCGCCCUGCAGAAGAAAAGAGUCCAGAGACAUCCAUUUGAGAGAAUAGCCACACCGUUCCAGGUGUACAGCUGGACUGCACCCCAGAUUGAUCAUGCCAUGGACUGUGUGAGGGCAGAGGAUGCCUACACCUCACGUUUAGGAUAUGAGGAACACAUACCUGGCCAGACCAGAGACUGGAAUGAAGAGUUGCAGACAACAAGAGAGCUCCCACGCAAGAACUUGCCAGAACGUUUGCUGAGAGAGAGAGCCAUUUUCAAGGUUCAUAGCGACUUUGCUGCAGCAGCUACGCGUGGUGCCAUGGCGGUAAUUGACGGAAAUGUGAUGGCUAUCAAUCCCGGCGAGGAGACACGCAUGCAGAUGUUUAUCUGGAACAACAUCUUCUUCAGCUUGGGCUUUGAUGUCCGCGAUCACUACAAAGAGCUGGGAGGAGAUGCUGCAGCACACACCGCCCCCACCAACGACCUGAACGGAGUGAGAGCGUAUGGUGCAGUGGAUGUGGAAGGGCUGUACACGCUGGGCACUGUGGUUGUGGACUACAGGGGUUACCGUGUCACCGCGCAGUCCAUCAUCCCCGGGAUCCUGGAGCGUGAACAAGAACAGAGCGUCAUCUAUGGCUCCAUUGAUUUUGGAAAGACUGUGGUGUCCCACCCCAAGUACCUGGAGCUGCUCGAGAAGACGAGCCGGCCUCUGAAGGUGCAGCAUCAUUCUGUUCUCAAUGAAAAGGACACGGCUGUGGAGCUCUGCUCGUCUGUCGAGUGCAAGGGGAUCAUCGGCAAUGACGGGCGUCACUACAUCCUGGACCUGCUACGCACUUUUCCUCCUGAUCUCAACUUCCUGCCUGUGGAAGGGGAGGAGCUAAACCCCGAGAGCCAGAAGCAGGGCUUUCCUCGACAGCAUCGUCACCGUCUGGCCUGUCUACGCCAGGAACUCAUUGAAGCCUUCGUAGAGCACAGGUAUCUCCUUUUCAUGAAGAUGGCAGCACUCCAGCUGAUGCAGCACAAAGCACAUAAAGACAGCAAGAUUGCAGCCUUGCCCGAGAACGCAACAGACGAGGCCGAUAGCAAGCCGGCAUCAGCACCAGACGCCUCUGAGAAUGCCGCUGAAACUGCGACACCAGUCUCUGUCUCAGCAACCGCUUCUGAAUCCACGCAGACACCUGAAGCAGCCGAGCAUCAGCAGGCCACAGCUACAGAAAACUCUGCAGCAACCACUAAUGGUACCGUCUCGUUGGGUGCUGAUGAACCCACAGGUCCAGAGAGACACAAUGGAGGCUGUGAGAGUCCUCUGGAGGGUAAGGUGGCCCUUGAAACUAUACCAGGAUUAGCUCAGGCUAAAGAGCUGGCUGAAUCUUUAGCAGCAGAAGAUGGAUCUGGGAUUGACCCCAAAAGCCGAGAGGUCAUCCUCAACGCAUGCAAAGCAGUGGGCUCCAUCAGCAACACUUCCUUUGACAUUCGCUUCAACCCAGACAUCUUCUCACCAGGAGUGCGUUUCCCUGAAGACAGUGCUGAAGAUAUUCAGAAGCAGAAGCAGCUUCUUAAAGAUUCAGCAGCCUUCCUGGUGUCUUGUCAGAUCCCAUCUUUGAUAAAAGACUGUUUAGAGCACACUGCCCUGCCAAUGGAUGGAGCCACGUUGACCGAGGCCCUCCAUCAGCGUGGCAUCAACGUGCGCUACCUCAGCAAUGUGCUGGAGUUUGUGGACAAGAUGCCUGCAAAACCACAGCUUGAUCAUUUCUAUAGAAUAGGAAUCACUGAGCUGAUCACAAGAUGCACUAAACAUAUCUUUAAGACCUACCUCCAGGGUGUCGAGCUUUCAGCCCUGUCCGCUGCAGUGAGCCACUUCCUGAACUGCUUCCUGAGCUCUUUCCCAGACGCCGUGGCCCACCUGCCUGCAGACGAGCUGGUCUCACGCAAGAAAAACAAGAAGAGACGGAACAGGGUGCCUGGAGGAGGAGACAACACGGCCUGGGCCAGCCUGACCCCCAGCGAACUGUGGAAGAACAUCGGUACCGAGGCUCGCACUUAUUACCACUACGCUCUACAGUGUGAGAGUGUGGACCAGGCAGUCGAGAAAUACGGCCUGCAAAAGAUCACCCUCCUGAGAGAAAUCUCCAUAAAAGCUGGCAUCCAGAUCCUGAUAAAGGAGUACAACUUCGAUAGCCGACACAAGCCAGCUUUCACAGAGGAAGACAUCCUGAACAUCUUCCCAGUAGUAAAGCACGUCAACCCUAAAGCCUCAGAUGCCUUCCAUUUCUUCCAGAGUGGUCAAGCCAAAGUCCAGCAAGGUUUCCUGAAAGAAGGAUGUGAGUUAAUUAACGAGGCCUUGAACCUCUUCAACAACGUGUAUGGAGCCAUGCAUGUGGAGAUUUGUGCCUGUCUGCGCCUCCUGGCUCGUCUCAAUUACAUCAUGGGAGACCACCCUGAGGCCCUCAGUAACCAGCAGAAAGCUGUGCUGAUGAGUGAGAGAGUGCUGGGUAUUGAGCAUCCUAACACCAUUCAAGAAUACAUGCACUUGGCUCUGUACUGCUUUGCUAACGGGCAGCUGUCCACGGCACUGAAGUUGCUGUACCGUGCCCGCUAUCUCAUGCUGUUAGUGUGUGGAGAGGACCAUCCUGAGAUGGCUCUGCUAGAUAGCAAUAUUGGUCUGGUGCUACAUGGAGUGAUGGAGUAUGACCUCUCACUACGCUUCCUAGAAAAUGCCUUGGCCAUCAACUCCAAAUACCAUGGACACCGAUCCCUUAAAGUUGCCCUCAGUUACCACCUCGUGGCCCGGGUGUAUGAGAGCAAGGCUGAAUUCCGCUCAGCUCUGCAGCACGAGAAGGAGGGCUACACCAUUUACAAGAACCAGGUUGGUGAAGCUCAUGAAAAGACCAAGGAGAGUUCAGAGUACCUGAAGUACCUCACACAGCAGGCUGUGGCCCUACAGAGAACCAUGAAUGAGAUUUACAAGAAUGGCUCCAAUGCCAGCAUCAUGCCUCUCAAAUUCACAGCUCCAAGCAUGGCCAGUGUCCUGGAGCAGCUCAACAUUAUCAAUGGCAUCAUCUUUAUUCCUCUCAGCCAAAAGGACCUGGAGACCCUGAAGGCAGAAGUCCAACGCCGGCAGCAACUACAAGACUCUGGGAAGAGUGAGGAACAUCAGGAGAACGGUCAGCUGGCACUGGACGACAAACUUCCCGUCGAUGAUUAAUCCCACCCGCUGUACCCUGUAGCAGGGAAAGCCAUUGAUGCAACAGUCAUCUGCUUGAACCUGUAGAACUGAGAACUAAGAUGUGUAAUUUAAAUGAGUAUAUUUGAGCUUAAAGCGGAGGGAACAGACAGGAAAAUGUACAGCAAUCGGUACAGUAAAAAGCAGUCAUGAAAAGCACCGGAACCAGUGUUUAAUGCGGGCAGGCACAGGGCCAGACUUAAGGCUCUCUUGCAGUUACUGUUUUCCUGCCAGUUUGUCUGAAGCUGGUGACCAAGAAUGACCAUGACGUUGUAUGCUAGAGCAUUAUCCAUCCAUCCAUUUUCACAUCUUACUAUCCAUCUGUUGAGCUGAGCCCUCACGAUCUCAUCUUCUCCCUUUUAAGUGUUUAGGAGUCCAAGCCAUCCUCAGGUGACUUCUAUGCUGCUCGAGAUGCGAGCGGAAAGAAAAUUUCAAAAAAGAUGCACAAAAAAUGAGACAGAGGCUUCAGAAUGUACACACUAUGGUCUAGCUUUCAAAGGCCAUUUACAAAUAAUGGUCCCGUUUUGUCCCGUACCGUUAACAUACCAAGUGAUGGCUGCUGAGUGUUCACGACGUUACAGAUGCGUUCUCAUCUAAAAAUUUUCCAAUUGAUCACAGAAGUUCUGUAAAAAGCUAACCUAAUUUUUUUUCUUUCUUUUUUUUCCCUUUUUGUAGUAGUAAGUGUUUGGGGGAAUUAAAGCCAUUUUAUAUCCUUCAUCAAACCAUUUAAUUUAAGCUUUGUCUGUUUUAUAGAGAUAUAUUCAAAAGAUGUGGAUGUCUGUAAGGUGUGACAAACUUGAUUAAUGUUCAUUGAAAUGCAGGUUCAAAUGGUCCAGCUUAAAUAUGAUCAUUUGAAUCUUUAUCUUUUCAGUUCUCUCUCUGUGUGUGUGUGUUGGUUAUACUUGUGCAGAUAUCUUGAGAGGAUGCCUCUACAGGUACUACUGCUGCUUAGACAAAAUCAUUCUGAAUCAUAUUUUUCUAUAUACACUUGUUAUAAACAUGGGAUGACUAGUAGAAACUUGAAUAAUGGAUGAACAUGCAGUAUUUGGCACUUUAGCAUGUUGAAAAGAACCAUUGCUGUAGUGUUUUUUGAAAGACUGGACUUCUUUUGACACCGACACGCCUAGUUUUUUGACACUUCUCAUUUCCAGCAGUUACAGGACCCUUUUCUGUAUUACAUCUUUCCCUUUACCAGUAUAUAGUGCACUUUUUCCAAAACUAGCACCAGAAAUGGAUGAGGGAGGCUGCUUUUGUGUAAUGUACCAAAAAAAGAAGAAAGGAUGACGAACACCGUGCUUGCCUGUAUAAAUGCUGUGUGGAUCUACCGUCCAAAUGCCAAACUUGUUGCUGUGAUAAAUGUACAAGUUUAAAGCAAUAGAAAUGCAGGCACUGGCCCUCUGUGUGCUGCUGUAGUCUGCACUUGAAGGGAAGACGGAUUGCUAAACUGAUUUUGUCGGUGUGUGUGUGUGUUUCUUAUGAAAAAAACUGGCGUUUUCUAAGAACAGGGAAAGAGUAAUUGGAUGUUUUAUUGCUUCUGAACAAAAACAGAGCAAAUCACCCUGUAAAUGUUGAGAUUUGUCUGUUUUUGCUUUGUAAUGGAACCAGGCUGGUAUGUGUCCUAUCUUUCUAUGCCUUCCAGAGGGUUAAAAAUCUUGAUUAUGCUCAAUGUGUUCCUUUUUGUUGUUGCUUUACCCUUUGUUUGCCUACCAGUAGCUUACCAAGGAGCCACGUUGUAUGCUGGGCUUGUCUCGGGCUGCAGUACUCUUAGUAGCCACUAAGGUGUGUGAUAAUCUAACAAAGGCUCUUUGCGAUCAACUUGCAAUUGACAAAUAAACACAGUUUAUAAUGGAACACAAAGCAUCAUUACUAAUUUAAACUCUGUGAAUGCAAUUGCUUUAAAGUAGAAGUUCAUUAGGCUUGAUUAAAAUCGAUCAGAGUCCCAUACUUCUAAAUGGCUGGAAUAUUUAACACAAUUCUUAUAUAUCCCUCUAUAACGGCUGAAAUGUUUGUAAAUAUCAUUGAUUCUCAUUGGCUGUAUGCAAAAAAAAAAAAGUGUUGGUGUUAUUUCAAUUUAGUUUGAUUUUUUUGUUUGCUUUUCAUUGAUGAGAAUUAGUGCAAUAGAAAACAAAUUGUCAACUACAUACUUAGGUCUUUUGGGGUUCAUAUUUUUUGACGUUAAGAGGACGCAAUGCAGUUUACAAAAGACGCUUACAGUUUUUAAUUGGAACUGUCUGUCUUUUUAGGUUUUUUUGAUGUUCACAGAAGUGAUUGUGUGAAAGAUUGCAUUCAAAAAAAGAAGAUUCACAGAUUUGUAAUCUGAUGAACACUUCAUUGCACCACACACUACUCAUUUGGAGAAUAUAAUACAAUCUGCAUAAUCAAAGCCUUCUCAAUCCCACCGUUUCAGAUGUAGCUUCCAGAUAUUUGCUUGUAUGUAUAUGAUCUGAUAUUAUCUCUAAGCGCAAAUAUUAAAUCUAGAAAAUCAGACGUCAUCGAAAAAGCCACCAGUACUAUUUUAAAGACACAUUGUUGAAAUUCACGUCAAUGUCACCUGCUGUCUAACUCACACUCAGAACUGAACCUGUUUCCCUCGUUUUGGAUCAUUAACCUGUAAAAUCCGUCCAGACCAUUGUGUGUCUGUCUUUCUUUUUCUUUCUUAUUCAUUUUUGAUGUGAAACUUGUCUGUUGUGCUCCAUAAAUAAUAAUCUAAUUAUUUUUGAUCGGAGUAUGCUUUUGUAUUAAAAAGAAAUAAAGGAACUAGCAAAUAUUGAGUGGGUUCAGUGAGGUUUAACAGUCUACAUUUGUUCAGCUUUUAAACGUGGUGUUCUGAAAUUCUUGCAUUCUGCAGAUAUUGCAUGCAAAGUAAUCUACUAAUCAUGUACUAAUGUAGGCUUAUUAUAUUGUAUAUGUGCUUUGUAUAAUCUAGACAAGUCAUCUGUCAUGCCUUAAAAAUCAUCUGCUUUAAUCUAUAGUAUAGAUAGAUAGAUAGAUAGAUAGAUAGAUAGAUAGAUUUCCUUUAUCCCUAAAAAAUUACAAACCCAUUACUUACCUCACCUUUAACCUUUAGAGACUGGUAUCUCUGUAAAUUGUCUGUAGUGUGUGAAUGAGUGUGCCAUUAUGCCCUGUGAUGGGUUACACCCCACCCCACCCCACUGGUGUUCCACCAGUCCCCUUGGAUAGACCCCAGGCUCCUUGUGACCAUGUGUAGGAUAAACAGUACAGGUAGUUCACAUAAAGGUAAUACUGUUAAUUAAGAUCAUGUAAAAAUGCACAACAGUACCAGAUGAACAACAUGCAUGGCUUACUUUAUGCCUCUUCAAUUUACCCAAGCUCUCUUCCCCUAUUCAUGUAAAUGAUAUUUAGUCCAACCAUUGCGUUGAUCCCUAUAUGAGUCUUUGUCAUAUUUACCAAUAAGGACAACAAAAUCACUAAUAUUUUAGUUCACGUUUAAGCUUGCCAUUAACAUGAAAUCCGGCAGGUGACGUCAUUAACAGGUGCCUCGUGGGGUCAGGUUGAUCAUGACUGAUACCGCUGUGACCGCGCUCAGUUUGAGGUCAUUGACAAUUCCCUCAGAUAAGUUUAGUUUUCAGUCCAAUUUUAAACUUAUUUCAAUAAAUGGUUCCAAAGACCGUGUAAUUGGAUAAUUACUGGUUACAGUCAAAGCGACCUGAAUUGUUAAAAUUAGACUGUUAGAAAGUGAAGGGCGUGCGCUCCGCUUCGCUGUAAGUCAGCCUACGCGCAUGCGCAGUCCGUGGUAGCGAAUGCUGUAGAGAAAACAACGGUAGCUGCUAGGAGCUAACCAGAGAGAAGGGGCACGGAGGUAGACCUACAUCUUUCAGGUCAUCUUCUUUACCAACAUUUAAUUGCUUCCCGUUUGCCUGGCUCCUGUGGAUACGAAUUCGGUGGUGACACUAUAGGAUGCAGUGACAGUCUGACUGGUGGAUGUUCGCAGACUGUCUUUGCGCAGUGUUCACUGGAGCUGGUCUGUCAGGGGAAGAAUACAGUGUGAGCAGCAUACAUCCCUGUGAGCCUGAGUCUGUGUUCGAUCGGUGAUCUCCUGCCAAGGAGACAGCAGCUGCUGCACACCUUCACCUGACCCCCCUCUUCCCUCCCCACUGCCAACAUGGUGCUGUCACAGAGACAACGGGAUGAACU